AGCUUUUCAUUGGAGAAAAAGAGUGGGAAGAUAUGUUACGUGCUUUCUGCAAGGGAUCUCGUGAUUACAUGGGGUGAUACUCCUGUGUACUGGGAAUGGAAGUCUAAUUCUGACUCCAGAUUUGCAGAAGUGGCUGAGCUUAUUAAUGUGUGUAGGCUUGAAAUCAUUGGCAAAAUCAAUACUUGUUUGCUGUCCCCAGCAACAUUAUACACAGCAUACCUCGUGUUCAAGUUUGCAUCAAGAAUUUAUGGAUUGUAUAACCAACCAGUAGAUGUCACAAUGAAACUGGAUGGAGGCGAAUAUGGUGCACGGACUUGUAGCUGGAAUGCGCAAGGAAUGCGCCGGCGCAAUACAACUGUAACUGUCAGAGGCCGGGUGCAUUAUCCAAAGGAAAGAGGAGAUGGGUGGUUGGAGAUGGAACUCGGUGACUUCUUUAGCACAGAAAAGGAGGAUGGAGAACUGGAAAUGAGGUUUUUUGACGACACUGAUCACUGGAAACGCGGGUUGAUUGUGGAAGGGAUUGAGAUCAGACCAAAAGAUGAGCUUAUGUUGGUCCUGCCUAACGAUCUUGAAUCCAUCCUGUCUACUGCCCUUGAUGGUUCUCUCCUGCUGUCGUCCGCUUCUUCCAAAAAAGAAGUCUACUUCAGUCUCUGUGACAAUCCCAUCAUUGUUGACCAUGGGAGAAAGAGCUUUUCAUUGGAGAAAAAGAGUGGGAAGAUAUGUUACGUGCUUUCUGCAAGGGAUCUCGUGAUUACAUGGGGUGAUACUCCUGUGUACUGGGAAUGGAAGUCUAAUUCUGACUCCAGAUUUGCAGAAGUGGCUGAGCUUAUUGAUGUGUGUAGGCUUGAAAUCCUUGGCAAAAUCAAUACUUGUUUGCUGUCCCCAGCAACAUUAUACACAGCAUACCUCGUGUUCAAGUUUGCAUCAAGAAUUUAUGGAUUGUAUAACCAACCAGUAGAUGUCACAAUGAAACUGGAUGGAGGCGAAUAUGGUGCACGGACUUGUAGCUGGAAUGCGCAAGGAAUGCGCCGGCGCAAUACAACUGUAACUGUCAGAGGCCGGGUGCAUUAUCCAAAGGAAAGAGGAGAUGGGUGGUUGGAGAUGGAACUCGGUGACUUCUUUAGCACAGAAAAGGAGGAUGGAGAACUGGAAAUGAGGUUUUUUGACGACACUGAUCACUGGAAACGCGGGUUGAUUGUGGAAGGGAUUGAGAUCAGACCAAAAGAUGUUUCCAGGGCAGCUAGUCCAAGCAGUUAAAGAUUCACACACCGGACUACAUCUGAAAUGUGCAAGUUUACUUGGAGAAGCCGAGUUUGCACGCUGCUAUUUUUGAAUCAGAUUCCUCAGUUUCCUAAUUCCAACCACGCUGCUAUUUUUGAAUCAGAAUCACUAAUGGACAGGAGUCAUUCUGUUGAAUAAUAAGUUAAAAAUUAUCCUAAUGGAUGGAAAGACUUGUCAAAUCCAUCACUUUAUUAUAUAAACUCUAUGUUAUUUUGUUUUAUAAUCAAAUACUAGUAUAAUUAUAGGAGCUCUCAAGGAGUCUGUCGGGGGGUGUGCGAGCGUCGUCUGGUGACAAUGAAGCUUUUAUCAUGACUUUUAAUGAGGGGUGUUAUAUGUUGGAAAAUUAUGAUUAAUUUUUUAGAGUUGCCACCUAAUAUUAUGGUUAUUAGGAACCUCUGGUUUCUGAGAGUCUGAGUAAGAGAUUUGUUGUGUAAGAGAAACACACAUCACCUCUAGUACACCCUAUAUAAGAUAAGUUGCAUUGUUGUU